ACUUUUAUCUGUAAUCUUGCAUGAGUAUUGAGUAUAGUAUAAAUCACAUGACAGGUGACGUGGAGAAAGGUAUUCGCUGGAAACAUGCGUCGUAGGGCCUUUUACGAAUUAUCAUUGGAAGUCAGAAACAAACUGUACAACGAAAAUUGGUUUUCUGGAUCAGUUCAUAGGAUUGAAUUUCUAGCGGGGAUGGAACAACCCUAAGGCAGACAAGCUAACAUGUUCAACGUGAUCCCCCCGAUGGUGCCAUCAUCACCUCCUCCCAUGGAUGAUGCCAUGGAGGAAGAUGAGGACGAUGAAUUUGGAGAUUUUGCAGCAGCCAAUGACUUGUACAGCACAACAGAUGCCCCUCAGACUCCAGUCAAGUCACCAACCGUCAAAAGCACGUUCUUUGACGAGCGCGUGAAGGACGACGCCGUUUGCUGUGAAGAGACUGGUCACCUCAGAAACCUCGAGCUGGAUGUGGAUGGAGGCAGGGGGCAGAACUCCAUUACAUCAGGACCCACUGACUCAGGACACUGCGAUGCUGCACCCUGUCUUGUGGGGUCAGAACUGAGUGGUGAUCAAGAACAGUCUGGUGGGAGCAUGGGGGCAUUUGACAAGGAGGAGUCAAACAUAGCGUUUGGCUCGACAGACUGCGAGGUUACAGAAGCAUUUCAGACAGAUUGCAAGCUCUCUGACAUUUCUGUCUGUGUGGCUCAGGAAAUAAGUGACGUGGAAGAUAUUGAGAGUGAGGAGUUUGCUGUGUUUGACAGUCCUCUGAUGUGUGGACCAACGGAUAACUGGGCUGCUGCAACUCAUUCUGUACCUGAUGUGAUUGAUAAAGAUGAUGAUUUUGAUGACUUUGAAACUGCAGACUCCCAUUGUGCUCCUAUGACUUGUGUUGGCUUGGAUGAUGGCAAAUUAACAGAGAAACUGCAGAUGCUUAUCAGCGUACUGUUCCCACUCACCAGUGACAUCGGCUUCAUAGACGUGGAUGUACCGUCCUUGGCCGAGAGACUGGCCGCGGUGUGGGUGAAGCUACAAGACAUGGAGAGCAGCCACGCACUGUCGUACCAGUGGUCUGGAUCGGCUGCCAACAAGGGCCUCUUAGUGGCUCUCGGUAUAGACUCGCGCAACAUUUGUAACAAGGUCUUCAUGCUGUUCCAGCUGUUUGGUCCGCGGUGGAAUACUUCAGUGCCACGAUUUGCAGCAAACCUUGGCUUCAGUCCCCUGGAGCCUGUGCAGGCUAGUCAUCGCUCUCCCACACCAAUGGAACCAUCCGGAGAAUUGCCUUCAGAGGAAGCAGUGGUGCCAGCUGCUCAGUUUGACUGGAUUAACAGUGGACUUGUAAACCCUCUGGACUGCGCCACCUCGGCACUUCUCGACCUUGACUAUCUCAACACAUUUGAUAACUUUACUUCCUCCUCCUUCUCCCCCUCUGCAUCCAACAUGGCUACCAGCACCUGGAGCAUCUCCAUCACACCUGAGGCAUCCACAAGCAACUUGCAGAUCUUGGCAUCUAGCUACUCCGCCCCAGUACCUAUGCUGAGUCCGGAGUCUGUGAGGGUGUUAGAUGGACUGCCAGACCUCUCCUUCAUGCAGGCAAAGCUCCUUAUGUUCCCAGUGAGAGGCACCUCACCUUGAUAGCACACAGGAUGGAUUCUUUUGUUUCAUCGUGCUUAGCCGUCUGCCUACUUGUGCCAUUUUAAUAAGAAGAGAAUCACUACCUUUUUAAGUGUCAGAAAAGUGUUGGGGCCAUUCAGGUUAGUUGAAACAAACAUGUUUUAAUUACGCUGACUCUCUUCCUGUGGAACCCUGUGUUAGUCAAAUAUAUUGCAGGUUUGCCCCUCAGUAAGCUCUUUGGUUACAUGAGAUUGCAAUUGCUCGACUCUGAAGCUGUCCAGUUGUGAUGGUUAUCUUCUCCUGUGUGGGUCAUUUCUCAAAGAAGUGAUGAGAGAACAUUAAAAUGCUUUUCAGCUGAAUUGGCGGCUGGAGCGUGCACCAAUCACGUGUACUGUGCCUUGGUAGGAAGUAAAGGAGGGAGGCGGAGGGGCGAGAAGGUGAGGAGACAAUAUACCGUGGUGCAAGAUGUAGCAUUGGUGUCCAGUGAAUGGUUAUAACACUAAUCAAAGUACACGUAAGAACUGGCAACAACGCGGUGCGGCUGCCGAUGCUUCUACCACGGGGUUUCUGAACAGACUGAGUCUAUCUGCUUACCAGCAGACCUCCUUUGUGCUGAGCAGAACUUGACUCGGCUGCCAGUUCCGCUGAAGAACAUAAUAGUAUCAGCCAAAAUGUGUUUCAUGAGCAAUAGUAAGUCGCGCCCCUUUGACCAUAAAAGUAAUGAAGAACUGACGGUUUAUAGAAUACUACAAAUUUAAAAAAUAUCUGUUGGGAGGGGAGAGAUGCAUAUGAUGAUGGGAAUACUUGUAGCAGGACAACAUUAUUGUGUGUAGUCUCCAUGUUAUAACAUGCAGGUGUAUUUUUUUCUUGCCCAAGUAAGUAAUAUAACUGCAAAAGCUUGUGCACUAUGCAAAUAAAAAAUAUGGCUUUAAAAUUAGGAUUUCAUGUGGAGAAACGAAGAAUAAUUGCAGUAAUGGGAAGAAGCAUAUAUUGAUGAUAAUGAAAGUUAUGCCAUUGAAAAUAUUAACAUUUAAGCGGCUCCAGGAAUAAUGAAGUAGGCUUCUUAAGAUUUGAAAGUGAGUCUCAACAUACAGAAGUGGUGCCUGGAAACAGAUGAAGGAAGAUUAAUGUGGAAGGACCGCAGAAUGAGAGAAAUUACGGAUCUAUGCUGAAACUGUAUGGAAGAGGGCUACACUGUAUUAUCGGUGAUUCUGUAGGGCAGUGACAGUGUGACUUGACAUGGCUUUUGUUUGAAGGAUUCGUGGGUCUGCAUAGCAAGACUUAUAUAUUGAGAAUGUGGAGCCAUAGGUUCAACUCCCAGUCACUCGAAGUAGCAGUCUGCCAAGGAACCGCAUCUAUGCAGAACUUGAGGGUGAGUUUCUAAAGUGUAGUGCUAGUGACUCUCCUGUACUCAGUAUUACACAGUGUAAAAUAAUGUAAAGGCUAGUUGGUUAUUUGUAAAUAAACUUUGUUCCCUGUUGUAAUGACAGAUUGGCCUAGUGA